AUCGUGUUAUUUAUUAAUUUAAGAGCUCAAAGGUUUCUUCAAAGAGUCCACGAACCAAAAGCAAGCAGAAGAAGUAGAGAAAAGAAGAAGAAGGAACAAGCUCAUCUCAUCUCGCCGGAGAAGAAUAAAGAUGUCGUGGCAAUCAUACGUCGAUGACCAUCUCAUGUGCGAUGUCGAAGGUAACCACCUCACACACGCCGCCAUCUUCGGCCAAGACGGCAGUGUCUGGGCUCAGAGCGCUAGUUUCCCUCAGUUGAAGCCUGCUGAGAUAGAAGGAAUCAACAAAGACUUUGAAGAAGCCGGACAUCUUGCUCCAACAGGGCUAUUUCUUGGCGGUGAGAAGUACAUGGUUGUCCAAGGUGAGGCAGGAGCCGUCAUCCGAGGCAAAAAGGGACCUGGUGGAGUCACUAUCAAGAAGACUACUCAAGCUCUUGUCUUUGGCAUCUAUGAUGAACCCAUGACUGGAGGCCAAUGCAACUUGGUCGUGGAGAGGCUUGGUGAUUACCUUAUUGAGUCUGGUCUCUAAGUUCACACCAAAAUUGCUUUUAAACCAAUAUCAUCAAUUUUAAGGUUCUUCAUCACUACAGAAGACACUCUCUUCUGCUGCCAUGUAUUCUGAUUUGAUUGUUGUUGUUGUGCAUCAAACAAAUUUAUACUCUUAGAAGAAGAACAAAGAAGCAAUCAUAUUUUUUAAUGGUUUUUGAACUUUUGAUUCCCUCCCUCCUAUGAUGGCUUUCAUGUUUUCUCUCUUCCUUAGUACUGUAUUUCAUAUUGUGUAUCUCUGGUUUUCGAUUUGAGUAAUGAAAUAAUUACGGUUUGGCAUCAAA